UCAGAAGCAAUGAAUGUAGUCAACCACUCUAUGGUGUCUGAGUUUGUGUUCCUGGGACUCUCCAAUUCCUGGGAGAUCCAGCUUCUGCUCUUCCUCUUUUCCUCCUUGUUCUACGUGGGAAGCCUGAUGGGAAACCUCCUCAUUAUGUUCUCUGUGACCUCCAACCCUCACUUACACUCCCCCAUGUACUUCCUGCUGGCCAACCUCUCCUUGCUUGACCUUGGAGUUUGUUCUAUUGCAGCCCCCAAAAUGAUUUAUGAUCUUUUCAGAAAACACAAAGCCAUCUCCUUCGGGGGUUGUAUAACUCAGAUCUUCUUUAUUCAUUCUAUUGGGGGGACAGAAAUGGUGCUGCUCAUACCCAUGGCCUUUGACAGAUAUGUGGCCAUCUGUAAACCCCUCCACUACCUGACCAUCAUGAGCCCGCGGAUGUGCAUUUGGAUUUUCAUUACUGCCUGGAUCCUUGGCCUCAUCCACUCUGUGGCCCAACUGGCUUUUGUCGUAGACCUACCCUUCUGUGGCCCUAAUGUAUUGGACAGCUUUUACUGUGAUCUCCCUCAGCUCAUUAAACUUGCUUGCACAGAGACCAACAGACUGGAGUUUAUGGUCACCGCCAACAGUGGACUCAUCUCUGUGGGUUCCUUCUUCAUACUGAUCCUUUCUUAUGUCUUCAUUCUGGCCACUGUUUGGAAACAUUCUUCAGGUGGAUUAUCCAGGGCCCUCUCCACUUUGUCAGCUCACAUCACUGUGGUGGUUUUAUUCUUUGGGCCAUUAAUAUUCUUCUACACAUGGCCCUUCCCCUCAUCACACUUGGACAAAUUUCUUGCUAUCUUUGAUGCAGUUCUCACUCCUUUUCUGAAUCCAGUCAUCUAUACAUUCAGGAACAAGGAAAUGAAGACAGCAAUGAGGAAACUUUGCCAUCAGCUUGUGAGCUACAGGAAGAUGCCUUAA